AUGCCGACCGUGCCACACGUCGACGAUCGCAAUGGAGUCAUAGUCAUGACCGCCGUCUUUACUCUGCUCAUCAUUCUCGCAGUCGCAUUCCGGUUCUAUGCCAGGCAUUUGACCAGAGCCGGCUAUGGUGCCGAUGACUGGCUUGCUGCUGCCGCGCUGUUCUUCACAUUGGCCCUUAAUGGGAUAUUUCUAGGCGCCACAAUCGAAGGAGCUAUCACCGGUCACUCUCCCGUCCGGGAUGGCUGGCCUGUGACGACGCCGCUCCAAAUUGUCGCCCAGAAAUACAAAUAUGCUUUUCAGAUCACUGAAAAGGUCGUCUUCGGCCUGGUCAAGCUGUCGCUACUGUUCCUCUGGAAGCGGCUCUUUGGAUCUUCUAAGCCCUUCCGGAUCGUUUGUCGGGUAAUGAUCCCCAUCACGGUGGCCUGGACCCUUGCCUUUCUCUUCACGACAAUCUUUCAGUGUGGGACGCGGUGGACGAUGAACUGGGCGCCUAUUGGCAUCUUCCUCACUCAAUGCAUCGAGAGCCUCAACGUGCUCACGGUAUUCUCCGUUACCGACAUCCUUUCAGACUUAAUCAUUAUUGCCAUGCCAGUUCCGGUUAUCUGGAGACUUCACCAACCUACGAGGAAGAAGAUCGCCUUGACCAGUAUCUUUCUCGUCGGUUUCUUCACAAUUGGAGCUGGGAUCGCACGAACUUACAUGUACCUGGUCACUUCCUACGACAAGGAGGACAACCCCGAUUUCAUCGCCGACUUUACCCUAUGCAUUCUCUGGUCAGAGAUCGAGGCAAACGUCGCCAUGCUUGUGUGCUGCAUGCCGACUCUCGCUCCCGUGAUAGGGAAGUUCGGCGGUAGGAUUCUGUCCUCGAUACACACGACCGGCUCGGGCAAGGGCUUCCGUCUGUCUUCGGGUCACAAACGGAGCAAGGCGACGGACGAUGGUCUAGAGCUACCGGCCUUGUCCAAUUCGAGGCGAAAGCAAAGCUCGCGGCUGUCGUCGGACACGCAGCUUCUAUGGCAAGAGGGCCAUGGUACAGUCACCGCAGCUGGAUAUGCAAACGCGCACGGCCAGCCGAGCAACACCCCCGGCAUCAUGGCGCGAACUGAUAUCUCUACUACCUACGAAGUUAAAGGUUCAGAAUCUGUUUAA